AUGUCUAUUACUAAAUCUAUUAUUACAUGUGGUUUUUCACGGGGGCUCGUUUUCGACCCCUCGUGCGCGCCUAGGCCUCGAGUUUUCUCAUGUUAUUCUUCGAAUUUCACGGCUUUUCAUGGUCGUGAUCGAAGCUUGCUAUGGGGCAAUGGUAGUAUGAGAGCGAAAGGAAACAAGGAUACAAGACGAGUUCUUGUACGGAGUAUUGUUGAGCCCGGAGCCCCGCCUCCGACAGAGCCUCCUUUCAACUUCAUAAAUUGGAUUGUGGGAAUAACUAUAACAGUAGUUCUACCCUUCAUUACCCACAAAUGGGCAUCACUUCUCAAAUUCAAAAAUGAAAUCGAAACCGCCGUGGAGACGGUGGAGGAAAUAGUCGAGGUGGUCGAGAAGGUGGCCGGGGAGGUGGAGAAAGCGGCGGAGGACAUUGCCGAUGACCUCCCGACCGACGGACAGUUUAGGAAAGUGGUCGAUUUUGUCGAGCAUGUGGCCGAGAGAGCGAAUAGGGACGCUCAUUUAGUCGGAGACUUUAUCGACAAGGUUCAAGAGGUAGAGGAAAAAGUGGAAGAUUAUGUUGAAUCAUUGGGUGAUGAUGAUAAGCAUGAAAUUAGCCAAAAUAUUACCCAUAUUAAUAAGCAUAAAAAAGAUCAUCAAGAGAAAGAAGGAUCAUAUGAGACACUCAAAGAAGAAAAUUAG